CCACUAGAACCAAUGAGUUUUGUAAGAUUCAUUGACUUGAACACGGAAGUGGGAUUGGGAAUGAGUUUGUUUUGAUUUGGAACAUUAUUUUUGUGGAGUAAAAGAAAGACCACUGAAUUUAGGACGUGUCGGGGGCUCGUUGAUACCAAAGACUCCAUAUUCACUCCUUGCUGUGUGAAAAGUGAAUGUGAUCAGGAGGACCCAUGUCAAGAAACCAUACUAUCUAAAUAACCAAAUACUGAUUCCACUGAAAAUGUCUAAACUACAGUCGUUGCGUGUGUUUUUAAAUGAGCGUUUAACCGCGGCUGCUGUGGAGAUUUUCGGUGCAGUUGAGAAAACGGUAGUGGAAUACCAGGAGGAGAAUGAUCGGCUACGGAGACUGCUGCGGAGGGCACCGGAGAUACCACUAUGUAGAAUAGACUCGCUGCAGCUCUCUGUCUCUGAAGAGGAGGUUCCCCCUGAGCAGCAGCACUGUGAGCAGGAGUGGAGCCCCAGUCUGGAACAGAAGGACCCAGAGACCAAACAGAUUAAAGAGGAACAGGAGGAAGUCAGGACCAGUCAGGAGGAAGAGCAGCUUCAAGGUCUGGAGCCUGAUAUCAUGAAGUUCAUAUUCACUCCUUCCUGUGUGAAAAGUGAAUGUGAUCUGGAGGACCCACUUUGGUCCUUGACUCUUCCCCAAACCCAGACUGUGGAGAACAGAGAGAGAGACUCUAAACCAGUGGAUCCCAAACCUUUUGUCACUGUGACCCACAUUAAGGGUCUCUACAUUCCCUGUGACCCUCCAGGUAAUCAAAACAAUGCCUCCAGACACAGUUCAGCUGUAAGCAAUGACCCAGUAGGACUUGACAGUAGCCCACCAUUGGAUCCCAGUCCACCAUUGGAUCCCAACCCACCAAUGGGGGAACACUGUUCCAAACUCUGCACCACGCCGAGAAAAACUAGCCACUUUCGUGACUGUGGUGAAACGUUUGCUCUGAAAGCUGAACUGCAGAGACAUGUGACUCUUACCAAGAAGAGACUCAGUGAAUGCAGCUUCGGCAAUAAACUCAACAACUCCACCUGUAAACUGAAGGCCCAUGUCCAACUCUGUCACAGUGGGAAACUCUGUAUCUGUCCAGUUUGUGGAAAGAUCAUCAAAUACAAAGGAGAUCUGUCCAGGCACCUGAGUAUUCACACAGGAGAGAAGCCAUUUGGCUGUGGUGACUGUGGGAAAAGCUUCUAUCAGAAGGGAGACCUAAGGAAACAUAUACUGACUCACACACAACAGAAACCAUUUAGCUGUGGUGUCUGUGGGAAAAGCUUCUAUCAGAAGGGGAACCUUACAGAUCAUAUAAGGACUCACACAGGAGAGAAACCAUUUAGCUGUGGUGACUGUGGGAAAAGCUUCAAUUUGAAGGGGAACCUAAGGAAGCAUAAACUGACUCACACAGGAGAGAAACCAUUUAGCUGUGGAGACUGUGAGAAAAGCUUCACUCAAAAGUCUAACCUGCUGACGCAUGUGAAAAACAUCCACAAAGGAGGAAAGCAGGAUGAAAAUUAGGACAAAGACCUUCUGUCGGAAGAUGGGAAUUAAAAGGCAGGAUGUGGACAACAAACGCAAAGCAACUCUGGAUCAUUCAUGAUGUGGGAUUCAGAUAAAUACAUGUGUGGUAAACAUAUUUUUGUAAAGCUUUCUAUGUAAAUAAAGUUUGAUUUGAUUUCAAUGAUGAUGUAAUAAUCCAACAGUUCAGAGUUCACUAUUUGCAAGUGAGGUGGUCCUCCCCUAAUCGUUUGCAUCGGCCUGAUGGUUAUAUCAGCACAUUUUCUGAACAUGUGGUCAUUUAAGAUGUGUAUACAAUUAUCUUUGUUUUUGUGGAUAAAUUUACUUCUGACAGAUAUCUUUUAUGAAGCUUUGCAUUUUAGAAUGUCUCUAAAUGUACUGAGAGAAUGGUCUGACUUGAUGUUUUCGAUAUAUUAAAACGUUUACUUUACAGAAAA